GGAAGGCCUGUGCAGAGGCGGCGGGGGUCCUCCUGGUGGUGCCCCCCCCAUCACUCCGGACUUCGCCCCCAGCUCAUCACCCCCUGCGCCAUGGCCAGCCCCGAGGGCGAGCACCCAUCCGUGACCCUCUUCCGCCAGUACCUGCGCAUCUGCACCGUCCAGCCCAAGCCGGACUAUGGGGCUGCCGUGGCCUUCCUUGAGGACAGAGCCCGCCAGCUGGGACUGAGCUGUCAGAAAGUGGAGGUGGCACCGGGCUAUGUGAUCACCGUGCUCACUUGGGAAGGUACCAACCCUGCCCUGCCUUCCAUCUUGCUUAACUCCCACACCGACGUGGUCCCUGUCUUCAAGGAACAUUGGAGCCAUGACCCCUUCGAAGCCUUCAAGGACUCUCAGGGCUACAUCUAUGCCAGGGGCUCCCAGGACAUGAAGUGUGUCAGCAUCCAGUACCUGGAAGCUGUGAGGAGACUGAAGGCCGAGGGCCGCCAGUUCCCUAGAACCAUCCACAUGACCUUUGUGCCUGACGAGGAGGUCGGAGGUCACAAAGGCAUGGAGCUGUUUGUGCAUCGGCCUGAGUUCCGGGCACUGAGGGCGGGUUUUGCCCUGGAUGAGGGCCUGGCCAACCCCACCGACGCCUUCACUGUCUUUUACAGUGAGCGGAGCCCUUGGUGGGUGAGGGUCACCAGCACGGGGAGACCUGGCCACGGGUCGCGCUUCAUGGAGGACACGGCGGCGGAGAAGCUGCAUAAGGUUGUGAGUUCUAUCCUGGCAUUCCGGGAGAAGGAAAGGCAGAGGCUCCAGUCAAACCCUCACCUGAAAGAGGGGGCAGUGACCUGCAUGAACCUGACUCAGCUGGAGGGGGGCGUGGCCUACAACGUGGUCCCGGCGUCCAUGAGCGCCUGCUUCGACAUCCGAGUAGCGCCAGAUGUGGAUCUGCAGGCUUUUGAGAAGCAGCUGCAGAGCUGGUGCGAAGAGGCUGGCGAGGGGGUCACUUUUGAGUUUGCCCAGAAAUGGACACAGCCCCGGGAGACACCCACGGAUGACGGAGACCCCUGGUGGGCAGCCUUCAGUGGGGUUUUCAAGGACCUGAAUCUCACUCUGGAGCCAGAGAUCUUUCCUGCUGCCACCGACAGCCGCUACAUCCGGGUGGUGGGGAUUCCGGCUCUGGGCUUCUCACCCAUGAACCGCACCCCCGUGCUGCUGCACGACCACGACGAGCGGCUGCACGAAGCCGUGUUUCUCCGAGGGAUUGACAUCUACACGCGCCUGCUGCCCGCCCUGGCCAGCGUGCCCGCCCCGCCCCACGGCAGCUGAAGCCCGGGCUCCCUCCCGGAGGGGCCCAGCCCCUGGAGCUGCUCGAGCUCGCCUCUUCCCUCUGCCCACCAAUAAAGCCUGUGAGGUUAGGGGUACUUCAUUGUUCCCAUUAAAUAUGACACCGCCCAGGGCCGGGGCAAGCUC